UGCUCUCUGUUUUCCAUCACGAUUAUAAUUGUUGAGAUUCCAAGUGUUAAUCAUGUCUGAAAUAAACGAAAUCCAUCAAGAGGAAAUAUUAAUUCAGUUAGUAGAACAAAAAAAAUGUUUAUUUGACAAAUCAUCAAAAAGUUACAUGGACAAAGUUAAAAAAAAUCAUGCCUGGGAAGAUGUUGGAAAUAAUUUUUUCGAUAUAACGGGAAUCCUAAUUGAAAGCAAACAAAUUCAAAACAAAUGGAAGAGAUUGAAGGAAAAAUAUUCUGAAGAACGGAAAAAAGUAGUCAUCUACGUUCCUUCUGGUUCCGCUGCUCAAGAAUAUGUGAGCAAUUGGCCUCAUUAUAAUGCAAUGCAAUUUUUGAAGCCCUUUGUUGAUUCUCGAAGUACAAGGUCUAAUUUUAAAAGACCAGGAAAAGAAGUUGGUCAAAAUAUGGAUGCAGUAAGCGAUUCAUAUAGUGAUUUCAGUGAUUCUGAUGGAGAAAAUCCACAAACUUCUAGAGAUGAUAGCAACGAUGCAUCGCAUGAAAUAAAUCCUCCAGUUGACUAUAGAACAAAUGAUUAUCUUCUGAUGAUAAAAGAAACAUGGAAGACCUUGUCACCGAAGAAGAAAAGGAAAUGCUUUGAAAAAAUAGACGUUAUUUUGGAUGAAGCAAUGAAGAAAUAA